UUCCUGGCACAUAUUAAAGUCUCAAUAAAUGUUUACUAAAUAAAUUCUUUCUGUAAAUAGUAUCUCCAGUCAGCUCUCUGUUUGGGGGGUAAGAUAAGUCUGGAAACAGAAUGAAAAAUGGAUUAGAGAGCAGGGGGCCUUUAGAAAGAGAGGCAAGUUAGUGGGUUCCGGUAAUAAUCAUGACUAGAGGGAAUGAAAGAUUGAUUUAUCACAGUGGCUGUGGCCAUGGAAAGGAAGACAUUGCUGGGAGAAACAACACAAGUAAAGCUGAUUGGAUUCUCAGGGUGAAAGAGACGGGGGAAUUGAAGAUGACUUUGAGGUUUCAAGUCUGGAUGACUGAGAGGGUGAUGAUACCAUUAACUGAGAUAUGGAACACAGGAAGAGAAGCAGAUGUGGGGGAAGAUGAAGAGUUUAAAGCUAGUAUUGUUCCUUUAUUUGCAGAAUCUACCUCUAAGUCAGACCUCCACACCAGUCUCAACAGGGACGCUGCUCCCACAACAGCUAAAGCUGCCUCUGCUGGGGGUGGGACUGAACCCGAAGGUCCUCACGCACAGUGGGAAUGAAGACAUCACAGCUGAUUUCCUCCUGCUCUCUACACCCCCUGGGACUCUCAACGUUUCCACUCUACCCCUCCCAAAGGUUCAGUGUUUUGUGUUCAAUGUUGAGUACAUGAAUUGCACUUGGAACAGCAGCUCUGAGCUCCAGCCUACCAACCUAACUCUGCACUACUGGUACAAGACCUCUAAUGAUGAUAAAGUCCAGGAGUGUGGCCACUAUCUAUUCUCUGAAGGGAUCACUUCUGGCUGUUGGUUUGGAAAAGAGGAGAUCCGCCUCUACCAAACAUUUGUUGUCCAGCUCCAGGACCCACGGGAACCCAGGAGGCAGGACCCACAGACGCUAAAACUACAGGAUCUGGUGAUCCCCUGGGCGCCGGCGAAUCUGACCCUUCGCACCCUGAGUGAAUCCCAGCUAGAACUCAGCUGGAGCAACCGAUACUUGGACCACUGUUUGGAGCACCUCGUGCAAUACCGGAGUGACCGGGACCGCAGCUGGACUGAACAAUCAGUGGAUCACAGACAAAGCUUCUCUCUGCCUAGUGUGGAUGCGCAGAAGCUCUACACAUUCCGUGUUCGGAGCCGCUAUAACCCGCUCUGUGGAAGCGCUCAGCGUUGGAGCGACUGGAGCCACCCGAUCCACUGGGGCAACACUUCAAAGGAGAAUCCUCUGCUGUUUGCAUUGGAAGCUGUGCUUAUCCCGCUUGGCUCCAUGGGACUGAUUGUCGGCCUCAUGUGUGUGUAUUGCUGGCUGGAACGGACCAUGCCCCGAAUUCCUACCCUCAAGAACCUAGAGGAUCUGGUUACUGAAUAUCAUGGGAACUUUUCGGCCUGGAGUGGUGUGUCUAAGGGAUUGGCCGAGAGUCUGCAGCCAGACUACAGUGAACGGCUCUGCCACGUCAGUGAGAUUUCCCCAAAAGGAGGAGCUCUUGGGGAAGGGCCUGGGGGCUCCCCCUGCAGUCAGCAUAGCCCCUACUGGGCUCCCCCAUGUUACACCCUGAAACCUGAAACCUGAGCCCUGAAACUCUGACAGAAGAACCCCAGGGUCCUGUAACCCUCAAAUGGUACUAACUUGCCCUUAUCCAACCAACCUGGGUCCAAUGUUCACUUCGCCCCCCUGUGGCUAAUUUUGAAUUUUGUGCCCCCAUAACUGCCCCCUCAUUCAAUAUGUCCCACUCGAGAAUUGCCCCUAUGCCCUGUACAUGUUUCUCAUCUCCCCCAAUCCAGCCCUUCCUCCUCACAGCAUUGCUUUCACGCAUGCAUCCCUCCUUCCCUCUUUCCAUCUACCCUUCAAUUGUUCCCCAAAAUAAUGAGAAAUAAAAUUUCUGUUGAUAAUCAUCAA